UCUCCGGGUCUGGCAGGGGUGCGGCGUGCCCGCCUGCGAGCCGGGAGCAUGGACGCAGGCCCGGAGCCGGAGGCCUCGGUGGGCGGCUCGCUGCUGCUGGCCACCGCGCUGCUGGCCGCGGGCUCCGCACUGGGUCUGCUCCUGGGCCGCGGGCGGGUGGCGGCGGACCGCGGGGCGCUCGCCUGGCUUUGCUACGAUGCCCUGGUGCACUUCGUUUUGGAAGGCCCUUUUGUCUAUUUGUCUCUCAUGGGAAAUAUUGCAGAUUCGCACGGAUUGAUUGCUGCAUUGUGGAAAGAAUAUGGCAAAGCUGAUGUGCGGUGGCUUCAUUCUGACCCCGUCAUCCUGUCUGUGGAAAUCCCAACUGUUGUACUGGAUGGGCCUCUGGCUUUGAUCCUCGUUUAUGCCAUCAUCAGAGAGAAAUAUUAUCGGCAUUUUGUGCAGAUUACCUUGUGCGUGUGUGAAUUGUAUGGCUGCUGGAUGACCUUUUCCCCAGACUGGCUCAUGGGAAGCCCCAACCUCAAAACCAACAACUGGCUCUACUUAUGGGUCUACCUGGUAUUUUUCAAUGGUAUUUGGAUCCUGGUCCCAGGACUAUUACUGUGGCAGUCGUGGGUUGAACUCAGAAAAAUGUAUCUCAAAGGGACUGGCUCAGGGAAGAAGUCCCAGUGAGUCCCCAACAUGAUCCCUGUUUUCAUACUCUCUCAGCUGGAAUGGACAACAACUUUAUAGUUUCUGUUGGUGCUGUCUUGGUUUUUGAGGGGUGUCACACCUGACAGCGCUCAGGAUUUACUGUUGGGUCUGCGCUCAGUUAUGUUUGACCAAAAAAACACAGCCAUGACAUGUGUGACACUCUGGUCAACCCCAGAGCAUGUAUGUGCCUCUUGUUCCAAUAAACUGUCCCAUAUGGCCUUGGCAUGUGA